AUUAGCGAAUAAUACUGCAGCUGCCACCGGCUCCCACCUCCCCAACUCCAACUCCAACACAGCAACAACGCCAAGGCCAAGGUGGUGGUGGCGAGGUGAGAGAGGAGACGAGAGGCAGAACGAGAGAUCCAAUCCAGCCCCGUCCUCUUCCUCCUCUCCGCCUCCGCCGCGCUCGAUUCGCUUGCUUUGCUCCGGCGAGGCGAGGCGAGGUUUGGCGGCCAAGGAGGGGAUCGGAAUGGGCGCGCGGGUGUCCAAGGCCACCUCCUGCUGCUGCAUCCGCGGGCAGCUCCCCGGGAGCACGCGCCUCGACAGCGCCGAUGCCGUGGACGAGGACCAGGCGGAGGCGUACGAGCUGCCGGCCUUCCAGGAGUACUCCUUCGAGCAGCUGCGGCUGGCCACGGCGGGCUUCGCCGUGGAGAACAUCGUGUCCGAGCACGGCGAGAAGGCGCCCAACGUCGUCUACAAGGGUAAGCUCGACGCGCAGCGCCGCAUCGCCGUCAAGCGAUUCAACCGCUCCGCAUGGCCCGACCCGCGCCAGUUCCUGGAUGAAGCUAAAUCAGUUGGUCAGCUCCGGAGCAAAAGGUUAGCAAAUCUGCUUGGCUGUUGCUGCGAAGGUGACGAGAGAUUGCUUGUUGCGGAGUACAUGCCCAACGACACACUGGCAAAACAUCUUUUCCACUGGGAAACCCAAGCAAUGAAAUGGCCCAUGAGACUAAGGGUUGUUCUCUAUCUUGCUGAGGCUUUAGAAUAUUGCACAACAAAGGGGCGUGCUCUCUACCAUGAUCUUAAUGCCUACAGAGUUCUGUUUGAUAAUGAUUGCAACCCUAGACUUUCAUGCUUUGGCCUUAUGAAGAACAGUCGGGAUGGCAAAAGUUAUAGUACCAAUUUGGCAUUUACUCCCCCUGAAUACAUGAGGACUGGACGUAUCACACCUGAAAGUGUCAUAUACAGCUUUGGCACCUUGCUACUGGACGUUCUUAGUGGGAAGCAUAUUCCUCCGAGCCAUGCUCUUGACUUGAUUCGAGAUAGGAACUUUAACAUGCUUACAGACUCCUGUUUAGUGGGCCAAUUUUCAAAUGAGGAAGGAACAGAACUGGUGCGAUUAGCUUCUAGGUGCCUGCACUAUGAACCCCGUGAAAGGCCUAAUGUAAGAUCUAUGGUUCAAGCAUUGAGUCCUCUUCAGAAGGAUAUUGAGACCCCAUCUUAUGAACUGAUGGACAUGCCCCAAGGUGGUGCAUCAUCUGUCCAAUCAUUGCCUCUUUCUCCUCUUGCUGAAGCUUGUUCCAGAAAGGAUCUGACAGCAAUACAUGAACUUCUAGAGAAGACUGGGUACAAGGAUGAUGAGGGAACAGCAAAUGAGCUCUCGUUUCAGAUGUGGACCAAUCAAAUGCAAGACACAUUAACCUCAAAGAAGAAGGGUGACAGUGCUUUUCGGCAAAAGGAUUUUACUACCGCUAUUGAUUGUUACUCCCAGUUCAUUGAAGUUGGUACGAUGGUUUCCCCAACCAUUUAUGCUCGGCGCUGCCUGUCAUAUCUGAUGAAUGACAUGGCAGAACAAGCUCUCAGUGAUGCAAUGCAGGCGCUGGUAAUAUCUCCGACGUGGCCGACUGCAUUUUACCUUCAGGCUGCUGCAUUACUAUCUUUAGGCAUGGAGAAUGAAGCUCAAGAAGCGCUCAAAGAUGGUUCUGCCCAAGAGACGAGCAGCAGCAGUGGACGCUGAAUACCAACUGAUUUCUUGUCCAGAAAAUGCACAUAAUUUGAGGUGCUCGAUUGAACAAAAUCAUUGUGUACGGAAGCAGCUGUUGUUCAUCUGUCAACUCGGCUAAGUGUUCUUUGAGCGUGUGUGAGAUGUCCGUAUGUAAAUAUGGAACAAAGCGACAACAGAGAUGAGGAAAGAGAUGCGCCAAAUACACUGAAGGAUGAAUAAGUCCAGUAGACAGGAAUUUUUUGUGGAAAAGGGAAAAUCCGGUUUCUCCCAUCGAAAAAAGGGAGGGAAAAAGAUCGUCGAUGUACAUCUUGUUAGAUGCAUGAACUUGUACAGUUUUUCCUUUCUAGGGCAGCAACGUCUUUGGCCGAAUGGCUGCUAAAUAUCCUCAAUUUCUAUUGCCAUGGUUUUCAACAGUUGCAGUACAUUUUUUCUUUGAUGCCAAAGGUGGGAAAAAUAUUGCAUUUGGUGAUAAAUACUACCAAGACUACUAGUAGUUGAA